AUGCUGCAACCCAGCCAUCCCGCCCAGCGUUCUUCGCUCCCGUCGGCGAUUCGUUCGAUGUCAUAUCCUGGGCUACGUUUUACGCUAUGUUGCAAAGCAUCAGCGUACUAUGCCUUCAAGUUCCGGGAUGAAAUCGAGCAUGCCAACAAGACCGGCCAGCAGCCCGCAGUCGCACUGCUGGGUACGGGAACAUCGAUUGAGUACCUCGUUACUCAGAUCGCAUUGAACAGCUUGCAUAUCAGAAUCCUUCUUUUGAGCAAUAAGAAUUCGCCAGCAACGAGAGAUCAUCUUCUUCAAGCGUGCAACGCUGUCGCGAUUGUCGUGGACAAGGCGAACGAGUUGUCUUUGGCCGAAGGGGACGGCUGCCAGUUACCGGUCGUGGCCCUGAUCGAGCUUGACAAAUUGCAAGAGAGCUGCGACGCGGUGCGCGAGCAUCAUGCAGUAUUCGAGUCGAACGACGAAUGGAAUCUACAAUCGAUGAUCAUCCACUCCUCAGGCUCCACGGGCAUGCCAAAGCCCAUCAUUCACACCAACAGGAAAUCACCGCUCGUGCGAAUGGAGCCUUUGGGCGAAGGCUUGUUCGAGUGUGUCUUCGAUGAAGGAUUUCCUCUGGCGGCUGAGCUCUGGCUUGACGAGUCGGCGCCGAAACCGUACCGUACCGGAGAUUUGUUCAUCGAGGACCCACCUGAGAGUGGGUAUUUUGUUCUUCAAGGCAGGCGUGACGAUAUUCCGAUACACAACAAUGGGGAGAAGAUGCACGCAAGGGCGCUUGCGAUGUCUCUUGGAGAAGACAGACAGUGUCAUUGCGGAGAGGCAGUCUUUGGCACCGGGAAACCCUGUCCUUCUGUUGUCAUCGUGACACGCUGGGAGAACGUGCUCGAGGAUAGAGACGUAGAUCUCGAGGAAGCCGUGUGUGAAGUGGUAAAGGAGUGCAACAAGAUAACGCUGGCGCACUCUAGGAUCCCUCGCGAAAUGAUCCUCAUCCUUGGGCGAGGUGAGACUCUGCCAGUCACUCCAAAGGGAAACGUGCGACGCAACAUUGCAUGGGAAUCCUACGGCGACAGAGUCGAAGAGCUGUACACUCGCUUACUCGGUGAUGACUCCACAUCCGGCAAUCUCGAGGACUGCUCGCCUGUCCGGACAGAUCUAUCACAGGCGGACGUGAUUCGCCACGCCAUUGCUGAUGUUCUGGGCGAGUUGCCGGAGGACGUGACUGAUGAUCAGGACUGGUAUCACCUCGGACUCGACUCGCUUCGUGCGGUUGACUUGCGGUCAAAGCUCGCCAGAGUCUUCGGAAGUUUCCCUAUGAUGUCCACGGUCACAGGAUUAUUGAGCUUCCUCGAGAGCCGCAAGAAAGAUUCUUCGCUUUCUCAGACAUCAAUCAACAGCCGGCACCACGAAUGGGUGAGAUCGACCAUCCAGCGCACGAACCGAGAACUUGACGAAUGGGUGGAGUCGCCGCAUCAAGGGCCCAUUUCUGAGCGAAACAACCAGCAGAUCGUAACUCCCGUUGGCUAUGCCGGCGUCCAAGAAGACCUCAAUCUCUCCGACCUCCACUUCACCAACAACCGACCCUUUUUCGGCGACUGGGCUCACCAAGAGAGAUCCCACGCGGGUUGA